AGCCUUAUGUCUUACGAACACGCAGGAAUAGCACAACAGUUAUGAACCGACACAGCAUGCUGAUAUCAUCAUCUCCAAUCCGUAUCCCUAGUAGUCGACUCCAUCAAAUCAGAAGGGAGGAAGGAGUGGACCUGAUGAACAGAGAAGCCGCCCAUGAAAGGGAAGUGCAAACAGCAAUGCAGAUAAGCCAGUCAUGGGAAGAAAGCUUGAGCCUGAGCGACAACGACUUGGACAAAUCUGAAAAAUCAUCCUCUCCAAAGAGAAUAGACUUCAUUCCUGUUUCUCCAGCCCCUUCACCCACCAGAGGUAUAGGAAAGCAAUGCUUCUCACCCUCUCUGCAAAUGUUUGUGAGCAGCAAUGGAUUGCCUCCGAGCCCUAUUCCUAGUCCCACGAGGAGAUUUUCAAACAGGAGGAGUCAGAGUCCAAUCAACUGUAUCAGGCCCAGUGUUCUUGGUCCUGUUAAAAGGAAAGGUGAAAUGGAAACCGAAAGCCAGCCAAAGAGACUUUUCCAAGGAACCACAAACAUGCUUUCUCCUGAUGUCACCCACCUGACUGACCUCAGCUCAUGUUUGUCUUCGGAGAUCCUGGAUGGGAGCACCAGCAGCGUCAGCUCUUCCUCCGAUUCCUUGGCCAAAGGCGGCAGCACCACCACGGAAUCACCCCUCGCAUGCUCCAACUCCUGCUCUUCCUUCCUCUUGAUGGACGACCUUUCCCCCAAGUGACUUUUCCCAGGGGUCAAUGGCUGCCCGCUCUGCCCUCUCGCUCUGCAUACAUGCUGAGAAAAUCCACGGGAAAUAAAUCCUCCAGGACCUGAGGAUUUAAGUACUGAGUGGAAAUAUUAAUGCGACUUUUAAUUCUUGGCAACUUCUUCAAGUGGUUUUGAUGAUCUUUCUCUUUAAACCAACACGUCAAGCCCUUGAGAUAGGUCUUUUGGCUGUCUGGUUUUGCAGCUUUUUUUUUUUUUUAAACCGAACCCAUUAUUUUACCUGUAUCUGUUGAGAUCAUUACUAUCUUUGCUUUCAAAGAAACUGCAAUGCUUUUUAGAAUUUUUCAGACAAGCACCUAAUUUAUAUUAGUGUGAAAAUGGUAGGCGGGAAAACCUUUCGCUGUUGCUAUCAUGGUCGUGGGUUCUGGAGGCAAAGGAUGGUAGUGAGAGAAUUGUUAGAAAACUGUCCUUGUUCAACGUGCUUUUUUAAAGGAAUAACCUAGAUUGCUCUAGAAAUUCAUUUAAGGAAAAAA